AUGAAGUUGUACGUCCAAACCAUCACUGGCAAGACUUUCGCUGUCGACCUGGACGGCUCAGACACCAUCGAGACGUUGCGUGAGAAGGUGGCAGAGCAGAGCAACAUCGCUACCGCACAGCAGAAGCUGAUGUAUCAGGGAAUAGUCCUAGCUGACGGUAGAACCUUGAAGGAUUACUACAUUCAGCCCUCCUCUACCAUCCUCACUGGCGACGACAACAUGAUAGGAGCAAUGCAGGGUGGCGACACGCUGACGUUCUACGUGAAGACUUCCAAGGGUGACAAGAUCAAGUUCAAGCUCCCGAGCUCCACCACCGUCUACGACCUCAAGGAGAAGCUGGCGAAGUCCAUUGACAUCCCUUCCAUCGAGCAGUCCCUCAGUUACAACGGAGCUCCUCUGGCCAACGAGAACACUCUCGCGUACUAUCAGAUCCUUCCGGAAUCCGUCGUGAAGAUG